GGAUCCGGAAGAGGGGUCCCGCGUGGCAGCGGUCCCGGUGUGCGGGUCCUCGGAGACCGGAGCCUUCUCCUUCGCAUCCGUCUCGUUCCGCUCUUCUUCUUGGGCGCCGAUGCAGGGAGGGUGGGAGGCCGCGAGAGGCCGGCGCCUGAGGUCGUCCGCCGCCCGAGCAGGCACAGGGAUGGCUAAGAACAGGCCUCCGGGACCCCAGGGGACAGCCCUGAUCUACGACAAGGACAUGGCCCGGGUCCGGCUGCUCUGGGACGACCCCGAGUGUGCCAUUGAGGUCCCCGAGCGCCUGACAUCCACGUACGCCCGGCUUUGUCAUCGAGGACUGGCACAGAGGUGUGUGCAGCUGCCGGUCCGCGAGGCCACCGAGGAGGACCUGGAGCUGGUGCACAGCCCAGAGUAUGUGGCUGUGGUGAAGGGGACCCAGACCAUGAGCAGAGAGCAGCUCCAUACCUUGGCGCAGCAGUAUGAUGCCGUCUACUUUCACCCGAGUACGUUCCCUUGUGCACGGAUGGCCGUGGGCGCCACCUUGCAGCUGGUGGACGCGGUAGUGACCGGAGCUGUUGGCAAUGGGAUGGCGCUGGUGAGGCCUCCCGGGCACCACAGCCAACGAGACGCCGCCAAUGGCUUCUGCGUGUUUAACAAUGUGGCCAUUGCCGCCGAGCACGCCAAGCGGAGACAUGGGCUGCAGAGGAUCCUGAUUGUUGACUGGGAUAUUCACCAUGGACAGGGGAUCCAACGUGCCUUUGAAAAUGACCCCAGCGUCCUCUAUUUCUCCUGGCACCGAUAUGAGCACCAGAGCUUCUGGCCCCGGCUCCGGGAAUCAGAUUACGAUGUGGUGGGUCAGGGCCCCGGCCGCGGUUUCACUGUCAAUGUGCCCUGGAAUAAGGUUGGGAUGAGAAAUGCCGAUUACGUGUCUGUCUUCCUCCACGUGCUGCUCCCACUGGCCAUUGAGUUUGACCCUGAGCUCGUGCUAGUGUCAGCUGGAUAUGACUCCGGCAUCGGAGACCCCGAGGGGGAGAUGAAGGCCACACCCGAAUGCUUUGCCCACCUGACCUUCCUGCUGUUGCCACUGGCCCGGGGCCGGCUCUGCGCAGUGCUUGAGGGUGGCUAUUACCUGCAGUCUCUGGCCGAGUGUGUGUGUCUGACCCUGCAGACUUUGCUGGGAGACCCUGUGCCAGCUCUCUCUGGGGAGCCGGUCCCUUGUUUGAGUGCACUGGAGUCAAUCCAGAACGUGAGAGCAGCCCAUGCCCCGCACUGGGCAAGCCUCAGGCAUGAAAACUCAGGCCCAGUUCUGACGCCCAGCACAUGGCAAGGGGACGCGGGGCCCUCCCUGCUUGGGACCCCAUCCACAGGGACCACAGAUGGGCUGAAGCCCCUCUUGGACAAGGUGCUCAGCUGCCCCCCACGUUCCCUGUGCACUGGCAUUGGCCUGGCUGUCCCUGACUCGGCCUCUGGCCUUAACCUGCCUCCAGCUCUCCUGCAGGAGAAGGGCGUGCCUCUGCGUGAGGAGGAGGAAGCCCUGUGGGCCAGGCUGGACUCGGCCCUCCCGCAGGACCAGGCCCUCGCUGCUCUGGGGAAGCCCUUGGCUCUGCUGGACGAGAUCCUGGCUGGGCAGGUCAGGGCGGGGAUCGCUGUGUCUCCCACAGUUUCAGCUACCACAGUGGCGGCCCUCCGCAGGACCCUCAGCUGCCAGGCCCUGAGCAGGCUGCUCUGCGUGACUCUAGGAGACCUGGACGUUCCUGAGGACCUGAGGGAUGAUGGCCGAAUGCUCCUGCUAAACCUCGGGGGAAAGGAGCAGCCGGAGGCAGCCCCGUCCCCCGCGUGCAUCCGCCUGGCCGGGCGCGAGAGCUGGUGCCCUUGGGUCCGGGCCCUGGCUUGCCUCCCCCUGGGCAUGGACUGGGCCUUACCAGGCUGCUCCCGCCUGCAGUUGGGUCUCGGAUGCUGCUGCUGCCCGAACUCUGAGCUCCCGUCGGUAGAGGCCCUGGCCUGGGCCCUGGUGGGCCGACCCCUCCCCAGCACCCUGGGUCCCUUCCUCUCGGCCUCCCCGGAGCAGGCCUCGGCCGUCACCCGUCUCUGCCGGCAGCUACAGCAGGACUGGCCCAUGCUGCAGGUGUCCGUGACCUGAAGCCCGCUCCUCGGGGCAGGUGAGCCCCACAACCAGGACCAGCCAGGCGCCGACGACGGGACCUGCCGAGCCUGGGGCCGGAGCGGCUGCCUCCCCUGCCAGGUGCCCGGCUGGGCUCGGGCGGUCACUUCCUUCGCCCCUGUCCUGCGCACACUCUGGACUCUGGGCUUCCAGCUCUGGGCGGCCUCGGGGUCUAAUAAAAGUAACAGCCGGCUCUCACUGUGGGUUUCGAGGUUUGCAAAGCGCUCUAGCGCGCACGCGUUAAACGUGG